AUGUCGGUGAAUGAUGAUGAUCAUGAUAGCGGUGAUGAUGAUGAUGAUGAUGAUGACGGUGAUGAUGAUGAUAGUGAUAGUGGUGAUAAUGAUGAUGCGUUGUCUUUACGCCGUUUCACACAAACAUCAUUCAACUUCCGAUUCAACUCAGCUCUCCCUCCACCGGUACCUAUUGUAUCCCCACCAAUUUCACACAAGUCAAGUCUCAGUACCAAUGGUUAG